UCACCGUUUCCUACCAAUAUAUUAAUUUUCCUCCUUGUAUAAGAUAUAUUAGGCUUGUUUGGUGACUUCCAUAGAUUCUCUGUUUUCUUGGUCGCACAUUUCCUCUCUCGCUUCAUCUUUUAUUUAAUUUUGAUGUUGACUUGUACGCAUAAACUAUAUGUAUAGUGCAAUUUCCUUUUGUUAGUCACGGCUAAUCGAGGAGUUGUUUGCUAAAAUGGCCGCAACCAAAGAUGAGAAAGAGGGAGCAAAAGACAAAUUAAAGACUGAUGGAGUGAUUACCGCGGUUUAUAAAGUUAAUCUGCACCGCCGGCAAUGCCCAUGCGAGAUAAAGAAGCCUCUUAUGAAGACUCAAGGAGUUCAUAGCGUGGAAAUCGUGAUUGAAAAAGGUGAAAUUAAGGUUAAGGGCGUGAUUGAUGCAAUAAAAAUCCACAAGUUGAUAGAAAAACUGAGUAAGAAAAAGGUAGAGUUAGUAUCACCUCUGAUGAAGAUCACAGACAAGGAGAAAGCUGCUGCAGCAAAGAAGAAAGUGAAGGAAACUAAAGAGCCAAUUUUACGCACUACGUCAGUGAAGAUGCAUCUACACUGUGACAAGUGUGACCAAGAUAUACGGAAGAAGUUAUUGAAGCACAAAGGUAUCUACAGUGUUAAGACUGAUAUGAAAGCACAAACUCUAACAGUGCAAGGAACUAUCGAGUCCGAUAAAUUGUUGCCAUACAUAAGAAAAUAAUUGCAUAAACAUGCAGAGAUUAUAAGCUCAAAAACAGAGAAAAAGGCAGAAAAGAAGGAAAAUCCAAAAGCUGAAGCCAAAAAGGAUGAUUUGAAAGCUGGGACCGAAUCUAGUGAAAAAAUUGAAGUUACGGAAUUCAAGCAAGAGGUAAAAGUGAAGCUCAAAAGUAAAGAUGGCAAUGUUCCAUAUGUUGUUCACUAUGUCUACGCUCCCCAGUUCUUUAGUGAUGAAAAUCCGAAGGCAUGUUCUAUUAUGUAA